GUUAAAUUGUUAUAUUUUAGACUAAAAUUUAGCACAUUUACUUAGUAUUUGGUAGCAUGACCGUUGUUUUUAAUAACUGCUACAUAACGAUUUCUCACUUCUAGCACAAAGCUUGUGUUCUCGGAGCCAUCUCCUUACCGUAUGAACACUAUAUGGUAACUUUAGGUUGUCCAAAUUUUUCAAGCUGACAUUGUGGGACGAGUCUUCGAAUAUAUAAUAAGUUUGCCGUAUGGUAGUCGUUGAUAAUUGCUGUUUGCCGCUUUUCAGGUUUAUUUUCAUACGUUAACGUAUUCAUGGAGGCUGAACAUCCACCAAUUUUUUCACUUCUUUAUAUGUUUUCCCCAUUUUUCAUAAGGGUUUUAAUAAUUUCACGUUUUUCAUGAGUGCGGUGCAGACUUCGUUCCACUAAAAAUUAUAAAAAUAUGUUUUUGUCUAUCCCGGCUAAAUAUAUAACAAACCAAGUCAUUAAACUUACUUUUUAUUCCAAAAACUGAAAUAUUUUUAAUUGAAGUAAAAUUUGAGACUUUAUUUGUUCUGCACUACUAUUUCACUGCUCGUCAACAAUCGGAGCAGAACUCUACAUCAGAUUUUUCUGAGUAAAUCUUGAAAAGCACUGAAGACAUGACAAACCUGGUGUGGAGUUCUACUCUAUUAAGAGACAAAUUAAACAUGAGUUUUUUUCUUAGCCCCAGCACCAAAACAAGGGCUUCAAUUCGACACCAUCCAAUGGGGGUGGCAAUGUAGGUGUACUUGCAGCAGACUCCAGUGCUCAAAUGCAAACCGUUAUAAUGGGCAAUCAAAUAUUGCGAGUCCAACAAGUGCCGACGGUGAAAACGGUCGGAUCUACCGGGUCUCCGAUGCAACACCGCGUAGCAACUUUACCAGUUGGAAGCUUUGUUGGCGGUACAACUACGUCCAGUAAUGUAGUUUUGAAUAAUGGCCCGGAAACAUCAGCAAAUACCACAACGGUGAAUUUACCUAAAACUUUAGUGCUCGGCAAUAGCGGCCAAACAAUACGUGUGCAGCAAUCAGUUCAAACAGGCCACUCCCAAUUACAGCCUGUAGCACAGCAGACCCAGCCACAGGCCCAGAUGGUUACUGUUAAGAAUACAUCCCAGCAGGGUGCAAAAACAUCAAAUGUCGGCCGUGUAGUUCUGGCUGUACAGGGUGGUGGGCAAAUAUUCCUUUCGCCUAAUUUUCAGGGCAAUACAUUAAACCUGAAGUCAUUGCAAAAUAUGAAAGUGGUUUCCUUAACGCCGCGUACUAGCACUGUUACAGGAUUGACACAGGCACAGGACAAGCAAACAACAGUGUCACAACAAAAAAGUGGAAGCAGCAACUCUUAAAGGGAGCUAGUUUUUCUGAACAUUUAUGUUUUGUGAAUGAAUGUAAAAAAUUAACCGGUAUAAUUAUACAUUUGUAUGUACGAGACAUGAGUAUAAACAUAACUACUAAAUUAAUUGACGUAAUAGCUGCUGAAAACACAUGUAAUGUAUGACUAAUUACUCUUUUCUCAUAAGAUAUUUGGCUUACAUCAAGAUAUUCAAUAGUUCUAAUUAAUACUAUUUAAACUUAAAUAAGAAUUCAAACUUGUAAGUGAAA